AACUAACAAAACCCAAACCAAACACUAUCCACAUUGUUUUCCUUUCCCGGCCCCCUUCUCUUCUUUCUCAUUCUAUAUAACACGCACUCUCUCUCACUAGUCACUGCCACAUUGUUUUCCCAUGAACCCUCCUAGUCCAAAAGAGAAGGCUCACUUCCCAAUGUCCUUUUCUUUUUCUCAUACAAUGCCCACCAUUCUCACUACUAAUAACUUCUUCUUCACCAUCUUCUUCUUCUUCUUGCUUCACUUUGAGCUUGGCCGAGCAGCGCACUCGCUCGCCGACCCACAUUGGCACUCUGCCACUGCAACGUGGUACGGCAGCCCCGACGGUGACGGCAGUGACGGAGGAGCGUGUGGUUAUGGAACGCUGGUGGACGUGAAGCCGUUGCGCGCGCGGGUGGGGGCGGUGAGCCCGGUGUUGUUCAUGAACGGCGAAGGGUGUGGCGCUUGCUACAAAGUUAAGUGCGGUGACCCCUCCAUUUGUUCUCGCCGGCCGGUCACCGUCAUCGUCACCGACGAGUGCCCCGGCGGCUACUGUGCCAAUGGUCGUCUUCAUUUUGAUCUCAGUGGUGCUGCUUUCAGUCGUAUGGCCGUUGCCGGACUUGGCCCUCAGCUUCGCAACCGCGGCGAGAUCCCCGUCUUUUUCAGGAGGACUCCAUGCAAGUAUCCAGGAAAGAACAUUGCAUUCCAUGUGAAUGAAGGAUCAACAGAUUAUUGGCUUUCUCUUUUGGUGGAGUUUGAGGAUGGAGAUGGAGACAUUGGAUCCAUGCACAUCAAACAAUAUAAUGCAGUUGAGUGGGUAGAAAUGAAGCAUGUAUGGGGAGCAAGCUGGUGCAUUAUUGGAGGUCCAUUGAAGGGUCCCUUCUCAGUAAAGCUCACUACUUUGUCAACACAAAGGACACUCUCUGCCAGAGAUGUUAUUCCAAGGAAUUGGUCUCCCAAAGCCACUUACACUUCCAAACUUAAUUUCUCUCCUUAAAAUUAAUUUUACUUGUUAGUUAAUCUUCUUCUUAAUUUUCUUUCUUAAUUGUUAGAGUGUUUUUGUUCUUAUUUUUAUGUAAAUGUUGUUUGUUUGUUUGCGGGUGAUAUCCCUGUAGCCCUCUUCUAAAGGAAAGGAGAGAGAGCUUUUGUUUGGUGUGUUCCAAUUGCUCUUGUUACUCACUUCCCCUGUUUGGUUUGUGGGAUGUGAUUGCUAUGUUUUGUAUUUUUCCAUUAUAUUUUUAAGGGAAAAUUACUGUU